AGGCGGGGCGUCCGGCCGGGAGCACGCACAUACACAUAGGAGUACACACGAUCUGUUUCUCUCUCCCGGGGCUGGCCUCCUCCAGUACUUUAGACACUGCACCGUGUUGCCCUCUUUCGUCUCUAAAGACCUCCAGAACCAGAAUCCAUGGCUGCUCCCCUCUCUUCCUGGCCAUGGACAAGCCUCGGCGAUUACAAGUACGCGCUGCUGGGGCCUCUGGCGUGGAAGGUGGUGCAAGAAUGGCGGGAGCAGGGCCAAGGGGCGCUGCCGCUGGUGCUGGGCUCGUGGUGGCUGCACCUCCUCUUGCUGUUCGUGGUGCGGGGGCUCACCUACCAGUUCUGGUUCACCUACGGCAACAUGCUCUUCUUCACCCGCCGCCGCCGAGUCGUCGCCGACGGCGUCGACUUCCGGCAGAUCGACGCCGAGUGGGACUGGGACAACUUUCUCGUGCUGCAAACGCUGAUUGGGGCCACGGUGGUCAACAGCCCACUGCUCCCGGGCCUGCGGCAGCUCUGCCUGUGGGACGCCCGUGGGUGGGCCGUCGCCCUGCUGCUGCAUGUGGGCUUCUCAGAGCCGGUCUUCUACCUGGCCCACCGGGCCCUCCACCGGGACCCGCUCUUCGCCCGGCACCACGCCGCGCACCACUCCUCGGGAGUCACCCAGUCGUUGACAGCCGGGUUCGGGACGCCGCUGGAGGCCCUGCUGCUGACGCUGGUGAUGGGGGUCCCACUGGCAGGGGCCUUCUUGGUCGGGGCCGGGUCCAUAGGCCUGGUCUACGUGCACGCCCUCGCCUUCGACUACCUGCGCGCCAUGGGGUACAGCAACGUCGAGGUCGUGUCGCCCAGGGUGUUUGAAGCGUUCCCGCUGCUCAGAUACAUCCUCUACACACCUUCGUACCUGAGCCUGCACCACCGCGAGCGUCGCGGCAACUUCUGCCUGUUCAUGCCGGCGCUGGACUGGCUGGGCGGGACGCUGGACUCGCGCGCGUGGCCGCUGCAGCGCGCCGCCUACGACGGCGCGGCGGGCGGCGGCGCGCUGGGCACGCCGGGGUUCGUGUUCCUGGCGCACGUGGUGGACAUCAUGUCGUCGAUGCACGUGCCGUUCACGCUCCGGUCGCUGGGCGCCACCCCGUUCGCCAACCACUUCUACCUGCUCCCGUUCUGGCCGCUGGCCUUCUUCUUCAUGCUCCUCAUGUGGUGCUGCUCCAAGACCUUCGUCGUCAGCUUCUACUGCCUCCGCGGCCAGCUCCACCAGACCUGGUCCGUGCCUCGCUACGGCUUCCAGUACUUCCUGCCGGCGGCGAAGAAGGGCAUCAACAAGCAGAUCGAGCUGGCCAUCCUUCGGGCCGACAGGAUGGGCGUCAAGGUGCUCAGCCUCGCCGCGCUAAACAAGAACGAGGCGUUGAACGGAGGCGGCACCCUGUUCGUGAACAAGCACCCGGACCUGCGUGUGAGGGUGGUGCACGGCAACACGCUGACGGCGGCCGUGAUCCUGAACGAGAUCCCCAGCAACGUCAAGGAGGUGUUCAUGACCGGCGCCACCUCCAAGCUCGGCAGGGCCAUCGCACUCUACCUCUGCAGGAAGAAGAUCAGAGUCCUGAUGUUCACGAUGUCGUCGGAGAGGUUCGUGAAGAUCCAGAGGGAGGCGCCGCCGGAGUUCCAGCAGUACCUCGUGCAGGUGACCAAAUACCAGGCCGCACAGAACUGCAAGACGUGGAUCGUGGGCAAGUGGCUGUCGCCGCGCGAGCAGCGGUGGGCGCCGUCGGGGACGCACUUCCACCAGUUCGUGGUGCCGCCCAUCAUCGGCUUCCGGCGAGACUGCACCUACGGCAAGCUCGCCGCCAUGAGGCUCCCCAAGGACGUGCAGGGCCUGGGCUCCUGCGAGUACACGAUGGAGCGCGGGGUGGUGCACGCGUGCCACGCCGGCGGCGUCGUGCACUUCCUCGAAGGAUGGGACCACCACGAGGUGGGCGCCAUCGACGUCGACCGGAUCGACGUCGUCUGGAACGCCGCGCUCAAGCACGGCCUCGCGCCGGUGUGAUAUAUCGGACUGGUCGUCGUCUCGUCCAGCCGGCGCCGCCCGCGCGCGCGUUUCAUGGCACAGCAGCUAUUAGGCCAACAGACAGCCCCACGGGCUACCGUGGCUAUUCUUGUAGUAGUACUUACUACUGUCCAAUGGGAAUUGGGACGACGACGGCACAAAAUGUACACGCGCGUGCAUCGACGAUCUCUGACGGCAGGAUCGACGGGUUAUUAUUUAUAUAAAAAGUUACUGUAGCAAAUGGGUUAAUUAGUUCUCGACGAUGGCCUCUUUUUUCUUGUCAAAUUAAACAAUGAUGUAAAUGUCACUCAGAAUAAGGAAUCGGAUGGCCGACGCGAUUGUCACGGGAUCAAUCGCUGACUC